AUGAGGUCGACCACUUUUGUUCUGGGCGCGGCACUUGGUGCUGUUGCUCCGGCGUGGGGGCAAUCGCUCACAGCGGAGAUGAUUGAGAAGAUGGGGAAUAACAGCCUUUUUACGCGCUGGAGGUCUAGUUCGCAUUUUCUUGCUCCGUCGGGAUGGAUGAACGAUCCGAGUGCUCCGAUGUAUGACCCAGUCCGAGGUCUUUACCAUUUGCACUAUCAGUUCCACCCGAACCACGUCAGCUGGGGCAACGUCUCCUGGGGACACGCUACAUCCCACGAUCUCAUCACCUGGACCGACGUCGACCACCACCCCGACAACGACCUCCCAGCAUGGAAGGACGCGGAAGCUCAGUCAUUUGGAACAACCAACCUGAGUAGCGACCACAACCCGCCCCUCUACAACCACCUCGCCAUCUUCUCCGGCAGUGCUCAGCCCGUCAAUCUCUCCGGCGAAGAGGAUGGCACGAUCCUCGCCUUCUACACCGGUGCAUCCCAGCUGCCGACAUCAUGGAGCACGACUUACUUCCCCGGCACGGAAAGCCAGGCCCUUGCCUACUCCACCGACGGCGGUGUUACCUGGGAAAACUACGAGAAGAACCCCGUCAUCAGCGAGCCUCCUAGCGGCUGGAAUAUCACCGGCUGGCGUGAUCCGUACUUCGUCUCGUGGCCACAGCUUGAUACCGUUCUCAACGCCAGCGAGCCUCACUACUAUGCCGUGUUUGGCUCUGGCAUUCGCGAGGUCGGCCCUCGCAUGCCUUUGUACAGUGCCCCUGCCUCGGAUUUGACCGACUGGACUUUCUUGGGAGCUCUCUGGGAACCGGAGAAGAACACUUCUCUUGGAUCUGUGGAAGAGACCGGCUCGUACGGUUUCAACUUUGAACUGUCGAACUUCUUCUCGAUUGGUGACCGUUACUUCGUGAGCAUGGGCGCCGAGGGUGGUAAUGUGAGCUUCCACCAGAACAAAUGGUCCCUGUGGAACGAGGGAACGAUCUCCGUUCGCUCAAAUGGAAGCGUUGCCUUCGAGCCUAUUUCUGGCGGUGCCAGUGAUUACGGUCUGUUGUAUGCGAUCACAUCCUUCAACGACACCAAGAACAACCGCCGAAUCCAAUGGGGGUGGGCCCAGGAAGACCUAAACGAGUUCGGCACCGUUCAACAAGGCUACCAGGGCGCACUCGCCCUCCCCCGAGAAAUCUUCAUCCAUGACACCUACAGUGUCAUCCGAGAAUCUACCAAGAACACCCUCGGAAGCGCACGCUACUUCAAGAAUGACAAUGGCACCUGGACCGCAAGCACAUUGGGUGUCCGACCAGCAGCCGACGUCGUCGAGGGUCUCCAGCACGGCUCCAACCACACCAAGUUUGCCUGCGACGAGAACAACUGCACCACCAGUCAGCUCAGCCUGCCUAGCAGCAUGUCAGGAUCAUACCAGCUUAGCCUGAGCAUCAAGAGGACAAACGGCGUGGCGGGUAUCACGGUGGGAGCUUCUCCUGGUCGCGAGGAAUACACGAACAUCUACUUCGACCCGUCCAACAACACCAUCGGGGUUGACCGUGCCCAUUCUUCUCUGAUUAAGAACUUCACCAACUACGCACAUGCUGGCUACUUCAAGCCGUACCAAAUCAAGCUGGAGGAUGGCGAGAAGACGGAGUCUAUUGAUCUGACUGUCUUUGUUGAUGGUUCGUUGGUCGAAGUGUAUGCCAACGACCGCUUCGCUUUGACAAGUCGGAUUUAUCCUAGCCGCGAGGAUAGUACCGGUAUUGCCUUUUUCAAGGAGGAAGGUGUUGAUGUUGAGUACUCGCGCUUUGAGGUUUGGGAUGGUCUGCUGAAUGCUUGGCCUGAGAGACCUCUGAACAGCAGUUCGCUGCUUGUUUGGGAUACUCCUGCUGAGACUGGGAACUAUACCUGGUGGACCAAUUAA